CAAAGAAUUGGAAAUGGAAAGUACGAAGUACAAAUGAAAAGAGACAAAAGUGGCGCAAAAGUGAGAAUAGUGGAAGAAACGGAGGGGUAUUCAAGCAAAACGUUAACCCAAGAAUAAUCGCGCUCAGUGCGCCAGAUUAGGGUUCUUAGUGGCGUUGUGCACUCAUCUUGUACUAAAAGGACACACUUUUCCAUACUAGUUUCACCAUCUUCUAGCUGGGUUAUUUAUCUGAGCGCCGCACUCUGAUCGCCGUCAGCUUCCGCCCCCUCGAUGCUUAAUUUUUCUCUGAGUAUAAAUAUUUAGAGAUUUGCGUCGUUGACGGACUCUACUGUUGAGAGAGCAAUUAUUGGAGCUGGUUUUUUCCAAGCUGGGGACUUGGAAGAACUGAAAUAGGGUCUACUGAUAUCUCAGUUUAAUGAUCUUUUUUGGGCUACGAAUAUCCUGUAGAAGCUAACAUAGUGAUUAUAUUUGUGAGUCCUCUAAAACAUUGCUAAAACGGGGUCUCUUUGCUGUGUGGCUUCAAGGCCACAUAGGUCGAGUGGAACUAGCGGGGAGUGGUCUACGGGACCACAUGAGCCUCACUGGAGAACUAAUUCCAGCUUUUCCCCACCACCAGCAAGAUGGGAUUUUCGGUUCCAAUCUGAAGCCUUAUCGUUUGGUUCUAAUGAUGGAUCCCAGUUACAUGGAUCAUCAGCUUCGUCGAAUAGCAGAGAAAGUAGAAGCUGGGUAAGGGGGAACCAUUUGACUAAUCACUAUUAUAGUAGCCCAUCUGACAACUCUCCCAUUCAGCAAUGGAUCCCCUCUGCCAUACAAGAUAUCAGCAUUAAUGAUUAUGAUGCUUCGAGGCAAGUUUUGAGGGCUUUACCAUUUUCACCAACAAUGGAGGUAACCUCGAUUGCUAGGGAUGGAAGAGUCUCAAUUUCUUCCCGAUCCGACAGUAGUGACAGUGAAUCCAUGACCAAAUCACAUUCUUCUCAUCGUAACUUUCCAAGUCGUCGCUACUUCAUGUCCAACCCAGUCCACCCACUCUCAAUCCCGUCCGGAACACCUAAAAGAGGAGUGUUUGGUUUUUCUCAAUUUCGUUCAACCACUCCACUCAGAGAAAAACACCGAUUCAGCAGUGCUAGUUGCAGUGUUGACCUCUGGGAGGAGGCUACCGACCCGCCUGCUGAAACUGACGGGUUAACUAGUAGGUCUCUUAACGUAUCUGACAGUCCCAUCAAAUGUGGUUUGUGUGAUAGGUUUCUCUCACAGAGGUCUCCUUGGAGUUCCAAGCGAAUCGUCCGAACUAGCGACAUGCCAGUCGCCGGGGUCCUCUCGUGCCGUCAUGUUUUCCAUGCCGAAUGUUUGGACCAAACGACACCUAAGGCCCGUAAGAGCGACCCUCCAUGCCCGGUUUGUGCAAGGCUUGAAGAGGGAAGCUCACCGGGUCAACGUACAGGCUUCUUAAAGCUCUCCGGGCCAUCUAAACCGUGGGGGUGUGCUCUUGCUGGCGACUGUGUUGAAGGUUCCCGCAAUACCAUUCUGUCACUUAACCGUAACCGCAUUAGAAAGAGCCUGUCCUUGAAGGCCAAUUUAGGUAAAGAGUUUCCAGGAAAGUUGAGGAAAACCGAUAGCCCGUGUUCUUCGCAAUGGUUUGUGGAGUCGAUGGAUCAUGCAACCACUUGAUCUUCAACUGAAGUAAGAUGAUUAUGUGCUAGUGCCGACUGGUUUGAUUUACUAUAUAUUUAGGGCACUUAUUGAAUGAGUUGAAAAUGACUGUAGGAGAAAAUGGUGUUUGGAUUUGAUGUUGUUAUCACCACCUUAGUCCUGAUAAGUUUGUAUUCUAAUUAUGGGGAAUUGUUGUAAGAUAUUGCAAAUGAAAACAUGUAGUCAAUAUCGUGUAAUCUUGUGUAAUUUGUAUUUUGGUAUGUGCAAUGAACAUUGCUUUCUUUGAUUUGAUCACUGUGAAACCGGUCAGUUUUGACAUUCUUCCUUUUCUUUCCCAAUCCCAUAUCUCCUUAAGAAUCUUUUUUUAACCCAUGGAUCUAAAU